UUACUCGAUAGUCGACGGCAACAGCUGUUUUCGCCGGUCGUUUUAUAAUCACUUAAUUAUCCAUUUUCUCUUUUUGUUUUUACUUGAUUUUAACGGCAAAAUGUCUAUGCUUAUGCAAGGAGCGUCGAGAUUAGCCCGUCAAUGCAUCCGCCCACUUAUUGCAGCCCGUAAUUUUGCGGCGGCGGCUCCAUACGGCGAUGGAAAUGAAGUUCUGGUUGAGCGAUUGGAUGGACCUCAGACUGGAAUCUCAGUUAUUGGUCUUAAUAGACCAGCAGCAAAAAAUUCCUUCAGUAGAGGAAUGGUAGAAACCUUUACCGAUGUCCUGGACGAUAUCAAGAAGGAUAAUGGAUCAAGAGUAGUGGUAUUGAGGAGUCUCACUCCAGGUAUCUUCUGUGCCGGCGCCGAUUUAAAAGAGCGAAAGGGCAUGACUCCCGAAGAGGCUACUGAAUUUGUAAAGGAGCUCAGAGCUCUACUCAUCGCAAUCGAGCAACUUCCAAUGCCCGUAAUUGCUGCGUUGGAUGGCGCUGCCCUUGGUGGAGGUCUGGAAAUGGCUCUGGCAUGUGAUAUCCGUACCGCUGCAUCAAACACCAAAAUGGGUCUGGUGGAGACAAGGUUGGCCAUUAUCCCAGGAGCCGGCGGCACCCAGAGACUACCCCGCAUCUUGUCCCCCGCUCUUGCCAAGGAGUUGAUCUUCACGGCUCGUGUGUUCGACGGUGCAGAGGCCAAGGAUCUGGGUCUUGUCAACCAUGUGGUACAGCAGAACGAAUCCAAAGAUGCUGCCUAUCAGCAGGCCCUAAAGUUGGCCGAGGAAAUCCUUCCCAACGGUCCAGUGGGCGUACGCAUGGCUAAACUGGCCAUAGACAAGGGCAUGCAGGUGGACUUGGCCACCGGUUACUCUAUCGAGGAGAUUUGCUACUCGCAGGUUAUCCCAACUAAGGAUCGACUGGAGGGACUGGCUGCUUUCGCUGAGAAGCGCAAGCCCGUAUACAAGGGGGAGUAAUUGCAGAUUCGAACCACUCCUAACGUUAAGCUGAAAAUUGCAUUUAUAAUUUAUCUGUUACUGUUUGUUGUAGAAACAAAGAAGCGGCAAAGCCCA